AUGGAAAAGAAGGGGCUGAGUUCCAAGAGAUUCACAACAUUCUUUGUUGUAUUUUUCAUGGCGUUUCCUGUUGUUAUCAUAGUUACUUUAAUGUACCGAAACUCCAACUUCCCUCUUUUUGAGGUGUUAUCUAAAGGCAAGGUACUAGGAGAAACAGCUCUGAACGUUACAACCAAGGGCUUUCCAUUGGGUGGAAGAGUUCAUGAUACAUCAGAUGAGAACUUCAAAGGAAGAAAUAAUGGUACCGUGUCAGAGCUAUUUUUCAUUCAACUUCCUUUUGCUCUGUAUAUUUUGUUAUGGACCGAAACUCACUCACUCUACUACCUUAAUGGUCUUGGCGAAGUUAAGGUGCAAGGAAAAUUUCAAAAUGGCACUCCUAAUGAAGGAAGAGCUACAGCUAAUAAGAAUAUUACCCCAUCAGAAGUAGACUUGAAAAAUUCUUCAAUGAAAAGUUCAACAAAUGACUCAACCCCACUUGCUAGUAAUCUUGAUGACAAAGACAAACUGCUUCAUGGACUUUUAGCUUCUGGAUUUGAUGAAACAUCAUGCAUAAGCAGGGUGCAGUCCCACUUAUACCGCAAGGCUUCACCUCACAAACCUUCUCCAUAUUUGAUAUCUAAACUACGUAACUAUGAAGAAAUUCAUAGAAGGUGUGGACCUAAUAGUAGAGCUUACAACAGAAGCAUGACAAAGAUUGUACAUUCUAAGAAAAGUGGUGCUGCUGCUGCUGCAAUGUGUAAAUACCUUGUCUGGACACCUGUUAAUGGUUUGGGGAACCAAAUGAUCAGCAUGGUUGCAACAUUUCUUUAUGGUGUCCUCACAGACAGAGUGUUACUUGUGAAAUUUGGGAAAGACAAGCAUGGCCUAUUUUGCGAGCCAUUUCUCAAUUCAACUUGGAUAUUGCCUGAGGAGUCUCCUUUGUGGAAUGAACAGCAUGUAGAAACAUAUCAGACCAUGUUAGAGAAGGACAGUGCUAGCAAUUCAAAAGAGGAUUUACCAUCAGCUUUGUUUCUUGAUCUACAUUACACUCACGGUAACACUCAGAAACUUUUUCACUGUGAUCAUAGUCAAGAUCUUCUCAGGAAGGUUCCAUUGUUGAUUUUGCAGUCAGAUCAAUAUUUUGUCCCUUCUCUCUUCAUGACCCCAUUUUUCAACCAGGAGAUUACCAAAAUGUUCCCAGAAAAAGACACAGUUUUCCACCAUUUGGGUCGCUACCUUUUUCACCCUUCAAAUGAGGCAUGGGGACUAAUCAGCAAGUUCUAUCAAGCAUACUUGGCCAAGGCAGAUGAAAGGCUAGGCCUCCAAAUAAGAGUAUUUAGUCCUAAUUCAACUCCACAGCAAGCAGUUAUGAAUCUAGUUUUAAGCUGCACCAUAAAGCAUAAACUACUGCCACAAGUAGAUAUGCAAAAUUCAGUUUCUUCUGCAGGGAAAAAAAACACUGUAAAGGCUGUUCUUGUGACAUCUUUAUAUCCAGAGUAUGCAGAGAAUUUAAGGUCUAUGUAUAUGAAAAAACCAACUGUUACUGGUGAAGUAAUAGAAGUUUAUCAGCCAAGUCAUGAAGAGCAACAAAAGUUUCAUGAUAAUAAGCAUAAUAUGAAGGCAUUGACAGAAAUGUAUCUACUAAGUUUAUCUGAUGUGUUGGUGACUACCUCUCUAUCAACUUUUGGGUAUGUUGCACAGGGUUUGGGAGGUUUGAAGCCAUGGCUUCUUUAUAAGCUAGUCAGUAAUGAGACCCAUUUUCCACCCUGUGAACGGGACUUUUCAUUGGAGCCUUGCUAUCAUUCUCCUCCAAAGCAUUACUGCAAUGGAAAGCCUAUAAAGGAUUUUGUUUCUUCUUUCUCUUAUAUGAGGGAAUGUAAGGAUUAUUCUUUUGGAGUGAAAGCUGGUUAA